CGCAACUUCGUGGCCAACACGUGAACACUACCCCACGUGUUUCCUACAAGCUGCAAGUUGCAAGUGGCAUGAGUCACUUGCCUAACUGCAACGUCCUGACAUUUUCAUUUUUGGAAGGAAACAUAUCCAUUAAGAAGUUUUUGGAAUGGCAUCAGUGGCCCUGCAUUGCGUCCUUCCUGGAAAACCUUUGAGCUGGACACGUCUCCGGGAAGUGCACAGUCUGGUGAAGCAGCAGAUCAGGUCCUGCUCUUCAAUUAAUCACACGAAGCCAGUCGAUCCCUCGCCUAUUAGUACAGCUGCAAGUCCCAGGGAAGAAGAUGGAUUGUCAGCUCGUGGGGACAAAGAGUGGAAAGUCUUAGCUCAAGAUUUUUUAAGGAAGUUGAGCGAACAGCCACAUGUUGGUCUGGAGGACAAGUAUGUACCACUAAAGAGCAGUAAGAGCAAGUCAAAUGCAACAAAGGUUCAUCAUUUUGUGGAUUUCCGCCGUGUGCGAGUCCUAGGCGGGAAUGGAGGAGACGGCUGUAUAUCUCUCCUGAGUGUGUACAAGAAAGAACGUGCGGGGCCAGAUGGAGGCGACGGGGGAAAUGGAGGACACGUUAUUUUCAAGGCAGUAAAGAGACGCAAGAGCCUGGAACACCUGAGUUCUUACAUCAGAGCCGACAGCGGAGACCCAGGGAGUAAUAAAGAUUGUCAUGGGAAAUCUGCCGAGAAUUUGGUUAUUGAGGUUCCAGUCGGCACUCUCUUUAAACGAGAUGGAGUGGUGGUUGCAAACCUCGAUAAGGAAGAAAGCUUGUUUGUUGGUGCUCGUGGUGGAGCAGGGGGCAAGGGAAAUGCCUUCUUCACCACAGAUGUAGAUCAAGCACCAAGAGUGGCAGAAUUUGGUGGAAAAGGAGAGUACUUUGAAUAUGAUGCUGAGCUCCAAACAAUGGCAGAUGUUGGCUUGAUAGGAUUCCCAAAUGCUGGAAAGUCAACACUCUUGAGGGCCAUAUCAAGAGCCAGGCCCAAGGUUGCAUCAUACCCUUUCACAACACUUAAUCCACACGUCGGCAUGAUACACUAUGCUGACCACCACCAACUUGCAGUUGCAGACAUACCUGGCCUCAUAGAAGGAGCUCACCGCAACCACGGUCUGGGCAUAACAUUCCUGCGGCACAUUGAGAGGUGCCGAUGUCUCCUCUAUGUGCUUGAUGCCUCUCAGCCAGAACCAUGGGAGCAGUUAAGGAUUUUAAAGUAUGAAUUAGAGCAGUAUCAGGAAGGACUUUCAAAUCGACCCCAUGCCGUUGUAGCAAACAAAAUUGAUUUGCCAGAGUCUCAGGAAAAUGUGGAGGAACUUGAACAACACACCGACUUGCCACUAGUGCCUGUAAGUGCAAAAAUGGGCCAGCAGCUCGUACCACUGUUGUCUCUGCUCAGGCUCCUCGUGGACUACGCAGCAGAGCAGGACCGCAUGCAAAGUGCUGGAGUCUAAUGUUAAUGCUACUGUUUUUGUUUUUAGUGUUGUAUCUAAUGCCAUAGCUGAUUGUUGUAUAUAGAUAAUGAAAAGAAAGUUAGAAA